AUGCCGGUUGAUGUCUGGAGAGCACAAGUUCAGAUGGGAAUGAGAACUGAAUUUUGGGCACCGACUCAUUUCGUACCAUUAUUAAUCAAUCCAUUUGAUGAUAUAUCAGCUCAAAGGGUGGAAAGUGAAAGAGAUGAUUUAAGACGAUUUCGUGAUAUCGAAAGCCGAUUUGGUGAUGAUGAUAAUAGCAGAAACAAAGAAAAUGAUUUUAAUUUGGAAAAAAAUGCACAACUGGCUCGAACAUCUGUACAAAAGAAAAAAAUCAGACGAAAAUUUCCAUUAUUUAAAGACCCCAAACGUGCAGCAGUCUUUAUGAACAAACUUCGAGACGCGUUUACAAAAUCACAAGAAGAACAAAAAGCAGUCAGACGAAAAUUCAAAGCUAGUAAUCGAUUGAUACGACGUUUGACAUUUGAUAUUAAAGCAUUCAUUCAAUACGAUCCGUAUUUAAAAGAUGCCACUUUGGAAACAAGAUUAAAUGUUAAUGUUAAAAGUAUAUUGAUAGAAAUUGGCGAUUUGUAUCUAUCUGAAGAAAUCGAAAACGAAAUCAAACGUCGUUUACAUGCCACAGCAGCCGCUGCUGACCGACAACAUAAGAAAUCUCAUUCGAAACGAAUGUCAUGUUUCGGCAACGAUCAAAUAACUUUUCUUCUUCCAGUAUUAACAAAAAGAACACCUGAUUCUGAAACGGAUGCUCGUGAUUAUGUAUUUGAUCCAAAUAAAGAUAAACCAGACUUAUUAGUAGCACCAACAGCACCAUUAGUUAAACAUCUAACUCCAGGAUCAACUGAUCAUAUAAAAACCAAUAAUAUACCACUGAUAUUAAGUAUCAUGCCAAUGCCAAAUGAACAUUCAUCAUCCGUUUCGGCUUGCGCUUUAUUUGGAAAUUACAUAUCACAAAAAGAAAUUUGUCUCCCUUAA